UGCACUUUUCAGCUCAUUUUCUCUCUGUCAUUCCCCUCUCAAUCUUUGAUCAAUGUACUUGCCGGGGAGAACCCGAGUCCCUCAACCUUCUUCCUUUCCACCCUCAUCCUCAACUUUGUGCUAGAGCGGGACCCACACGCCCGCCGCCCGACCCUCCCCGCCCCCGCCCCCCGCACCAGCCCGGCUCCGGCCGGGGAGAGGACUGGCAUUCGACUUGCGGGACACUUUGGUGCGUUUCUCUCCGGAGCGCCCGCGCUCACCUCUUUCCCUCCUCUCCCUCUCCGGCUCGUCCCCUCCUGGAGUUGCGGCGCCGGCGGUGGCCCAGCUCCUGCUCCUUCUCCCCCCUUCUUUCCCCAUCCCCUCCCCGGGGGUGUGUGUGUGGCAACUUUUCCCCCCUCGCCUCUCCUUCUCCUGCUUGCCCUUAUAUGUGACCAUGGCAGUGCCGGCGGCUUUGAUCCCUCCGACCCAGCUGGUCCCCCCUCAGCCCCCGAUCUCCACGUCCGCUUCCUCCUCCGGCACCACCACCUCCACCUCCUCGGCGACCUCGUCCCCGGCUCCGGCCCUGGGACCCCCCGCGUCCGCGGGGCCGGCUCUGUUCCGGCCGGAGCCCCUCGCACCCGCGGCGGCGGCGGCCACAGUCACCUCUCCCGGCGGCGGCGGCGGCGGCGGCGGCGGCACCAGCGCGGGCGGCAGCGGCGCCUCGAGCACCCCAGUCAACGCCAACACCGGCAGCAGCAGCAGCAGCAGCAGUAGCAGCAGCAGCAGCAGUAGCAGCAGCAGCAGCAGCAGCAGCCGCGGCAGCAGCACAAGCAGCAGCAGUAGCAGCAGCAGCAGCAGUAGCAGCAGCAGCAGUAGCAGCAGCAGCAGUAGCAGCAGCAGCAGCUGCGGCCCCCUCCCCGGGAAACCCGUGUACUCAACCCCGUCCCCAGUGGAAAACACUCCCCAGAAUAAUGAGUGCAAAAUGGUGGAUCUGAGGGGGGCCAAAGUGGCUUCCUUCACGGUGGAGGGCUGCGAGCUGAUCUGCCUGCCCCAGGCUUUCGACCUGUUCCUGAAGCACUUGGUGGGGGGCUUGCACACAGUCUACACCAAGCUGAAGCGACUGGAGAUCACGCCGGUGGUGUGCAAUGUGGAGCAGGUUCGUAUCCUGAGAGGACUGGGUGCCAUCCAGCCGGGAGUGAACCGCUGCAAACUCAUCUCCAGGAAAGACUUCGAGACCCUCUACAAUGACUGCACCAACGCAAGUUCUAGACCUGGAAGGCCUCCUAAGAGGACCCAGAGUGUCACCUCCCCAGAGAACUCGCAUAUCAUGCCACAUUCUGUCCCUGGCCUCAUGUCUCCUGGAAUAAUUCCACCAACAGGUCUUACAGCAGCCGCUGCAGCAGCCGCUGCCGCUACCAAUGCAGCUAUCGCUGAAGCAAUGAAGGUGAAAAAAAUCAAAUUAGAAGCUAUGAGUAACUAUCAUGCCAGUAAUAACCAACAUGGAGCUGAUUCUGAAAAUGGGGACAUGAAUUCAAGUGUUGGAUUGGAACUUCCUUUUAUGAUGAUGCCCCACCCUCUAAUUCCUGUCAGCCUACCUCCAGCAUCUGUCACCAUGGCAAUGAGCCAGAUGAACCACCUCAGCACCAUUGCCAACAUGGCGGCGGCAGCACAAGUUCAGACUCCUCCUUCCAGAGUUGAGACAUCUGUUAUUAAGGAGCGAGUUCCUGAUAGCCCCUCCCCCGCGCCCUCCCUGGAGGAGGGUCGAAGGCCUGGCAGUCACCCGUCCUCACACCGCAGCAGCAGCGUGUCCAGCUCCCCAGCACGGACCGAGAGCUCUUCGGACAGAAUCCCUGUCCAUCAGAAUGGGCUGUCCAUGAACCAGAUGCUAAUGGGGUUAUCACCAAACGUACUUCCUGGACCAAAGGAGGGAGAUGUGGCUGGUCACGACAUGGCACAUGAGUCCAAGAGGAUGCACAUUGAAAAAGAUGAGACCCCGCUUUCUACACCAACCGCAAGAGACAGCCUUGACAAACUUUCUCUAACUGGGCAUGGACAACCACUGCCUCCAGGUUUUCCAUCUCCUUUUCUGUUUCCUGAUGGACUGUCUUCCAUAGAGACCCUUCUGACUAAUAUACAGGGGCUUUUGAAGGUUGCCAUAGAUAAUGCCAGAGCUCAAGAAAAACAGGUCCAACUGGAGAAAACAGAGCUGAAGAUGGAUUUUUUAAGGGAAAGAGAACUAAGGGAAACGCUUGAGAAACAACUGGCUAUGGAGCAAAAAAACAGAGCCAUAGUCCAAAAAAGACUAAAAAAGGAGAAGAAGGCAAAAAGAAAAUUGCAAGAAGCACUUGAAUUUGAGACAAAACGGCGUGAACAAGCUGAGCAGACACUAAAACAGGCAGCUUCAACAGACAGUCUCAGAGUACUGAAUGAUUCUCUGACCCCAGAGAUAGAAGCUGACCGCAGUGGCGGCAGAACAGAUGCUGAAAGGACAAUACAAGAUGGAAGACUGUAUUUGAAAACUACUGUCAUGUACUGAAUCUUUCCUGUUGAAGAAAUCCUAUGUCAUAAUAGAGAAUUGCAUUAAGGCAUUCACCAUUGGAAAGUUCGGGAAAAUAAGUCCUUUCAAGGGAACUUCCUCAAUUUUGUGUAUUACAUUUCUUUAACACUUAAAUAUCCUACAAAAAAAGAUCCUCUAUUGGUUUUCACCUAUUGUUUAUCCCAGAGACCUGAGAAUGAUUGUAAAUGUACAAGUAUGAAACUUCUUACAGUUAGUAACUGCAACUUUUCUGCUGGACACUUGUAUACAGAGUUAAAGACAGGUCUGAAAAUGGGACCUGGCUUUUUUUUUUAAUGGAAUGAACCAUUUCCCUCUUCUGACAAUUCUGUAUCUGAGCACAUCAAUAGACUCUUAUAUCCGUGGUUACCCAGACUUACAGAGUAAUGUCCCACUGAAACCAGCAAGAACGCAUGGAAAUGAACUUGUAAGGGGCAUAGAGGAUUGUGAAAGAAAAUAAAAAGAGUAGUAUUUCAUUAUGUUCAAUUUUAAACUCUAAUGUUGGGGUUUUCGCCUGAAUUUUUUUUUCAUAUGCUUUCCAAAAGACCAACAAGUGGAUGUUGACAUCAACCCAAUGAAGUAACAUUUUGCAUAUCUGAAAAGAAGCAUUGAAUAGAAGCCAAAAGGUUUUGCUGAAGGUCUCUGUUUCUUAAAAAUAAAAUAUAUAAAUAUAUAUAUAUAAAUGUAACAUUUUCAUUCCAAACUGGUAGUGGUAUAUAGGAUUAAAAUAAUAAAGUUGCUUCUUAUUCAAACUGUUGGUCACAUGUACAGUAUAUAAACAUAAAACACAAGGAAGGUAUUAUGUAUGCAGUAGUAUACUAGAAUUUAGGAAAAUGAAAAUUUUAGAAAAUAUGUUUUGUCACCCUGUUGGUCAGAAAGAUGUCUUUCUGGUUUUAACGCAUGCAGGCAUGUAAAUAUUUGUCUGAAGUCACAGUAUUAAUGAAUGAGACUUAAGUAUCUGGUGACAUCAGAACUCUGUCUCAGCCACUUUUAUUUGUAUAUUGAUCCCUAGUUAGUGCCCCAAGCUGCACUACUGAGAAUGGAUUGUGGCUGAACAGCAAAUCAAAACACCAGAAAUAUUUUUAUAUGUUAAUGUCAUAUUAUGUUAAUGUUGCUAAAAAACAAAACUUAACAAAUCCUUGAUGUAUCAGUCCAAUACCAUGUAGCCCUGAGUGAUAAAGUUAAGAUGUGUUGUACUUCCCACCCGGGUCAGAGGGAAGGGUGGCUAUGUGUUAUUUUUCACUGUCUUUUUGAAAGUUACAGUAUGUGUUUUCACUUUUGUGCAGAUAACUGGAAGUAAAGCUGCAAACAGUGCUUAUUACAUGGUGAAGUUACCUUCUCUUUGUUUUUUUUAUGUGUGGAAUUACACCUUUAAAGACUGAUAUAUCACUACUGCCACUAUACAACUUAUUAUUUUCUGUCAUCUCAAAAUUUUAUUAUUAAAGCAUUAUUUAUUACCGUAACACAGCAAAAUUAUAAGGGUCUAAAUAACGAGUUUAAAAUGUUCAGGAGAGUUUUGAUUGGGUAAUGACUAUUUGGUUUUAAAAAGUUAACAUUAGAAACACUCUGGCACUAAGCUUCUAUAUUUUUAGGUCUUCCUUGUAAUGCUGGGACAUAAUUCUUUUAUAUAACUUGCUUUUAAACAGCUAAGCCCAUUUUAAUACAAUUAAAAGGUUCUAUGUAUGGCUCAGAUUUUAGCUUGCUUUAAAAGGGAGCAAUAUUUUUUUAUUUAAGAUAUUGUUAGUAAAUGCUUUGUAGAAAUUUGAUUUUCUAAACCUAGUUCUCCCAUAGCCAUCUUUGUUCUUUGAUCACAAGAGGUUCUAAUCCUACUUAGUAUGUAUCUUUUUAUUUUGUUUUGUUUUUUCCUAUACUCAGUCUUUAAAGGAUUACAACACUUAAAAUUUGAUUGACUUGUGGCAAGUUUUUGAAUUAUACAUCUUUGAAAAGAUUUUUUUAAAAGCCUACAUCUUACAUAUGUGGUAGAAUCAGGCAUCACUCUGCUCCUGGCAUAGAGUCACCUGUUAAGUGGGGUUAAAUCAUUUUAAAAUACAUACUUUCAAGACCUUUGAGAAUGCUUUAGUGUUUGGUUUGACAUGAAAGGAAAUUUUAGAAAGGAUUAAAGAAAAAAGCUAUCAGUUAUAUGUUAAGAAAAACUCUUACUAACAUUUUGUAAAUAUUACAACUCAUGAAGUGUUAUUGUAAGUCUGUAACUUAAAUUUUUUUCCUUUUUUUAGUUAAACAGGUUGGUUAGAAAUUUGUGUUUUGGCAUAAGCAAGUAAAAUUGUGCCCAUUUUAUGGUUUUCAUGCUUUUGUAAACCUAUGAAUAUUAAUGUCUAGUUGUCCUAUAUUAUAACCACAUUUGCGCUCUAUGCAAGCCCCUGGAACAGAACAUACUCAUCUUCAUGUAGGACCUAUGAAAAUUGUCUAUUUUUAUCUAUAUAUUUAAAGUUUUCUAAAAAUGAUAAAAGGUUAUUACGAAUUUUGUUGUACAAAACCUGUACAAAAAUCUGUUUUUACAUCAUAAUGCAAGAAUUGGAAAUUUUUCUAUGGUAGCCUAGUUAUUUGAGCCUGGUUUCAAUGUGAGAACCACGUUUACUGGUAUUGUAUUUAAUUUUCCUUUUCUUUUCAACAAUCUCCUAAUAAAAAUGUCUGAAAUCUG